AAACACUCUCAGCACCAGGUAGGGAGUCCUUGUGCAGCCUAUGUUUUUACUCCAAGAAACACAUUCAUGACCUACCCUUGUUUCGACAGCCACAGAGAAGAAAUCAGACACAGGAGAAGAUGAUCGAUACCUAUUUGCAGUUUCUGAGAUGCAAGGAUGGAGAAUUACUAUGGAGGACGCUCAUGUGACCAUGCUAACCCUUGAAGAGAACACAACAGAUAAAAACACAUUCUUUGCUGUUUAUGAUGGACAUGGUGGAAGUACCGUCGCGAGGUUUGCGGGGAGAAACGUUCACAGGCGACUAAUUUCAGAAGAGGCAUAUCGUGAAAAGCGUUAUGAUGAAGCGCUUAAGAAAGCGUUCUUGGGCACCGAUGAAGAUCUCCUUGCUGAUCCGUCGCAUACCCGUGACCCGUCAGGUUGUACUGCUGUAGCUGCUUUGAUAACAGAGGAUAACAAAAUUUAUGUGGCAAAUGCUGGCGAUUCCCGGUCUGUUCUUAGCGUUCAAGGUAAUGCCAAGGCCUUGAGUUUUGACCAUAAACCAUCAAGCGAGACUGAACGGAAACGGAUCACGGAAGCUGGAGGAUACGUAGAAUAUGGACGCGUCAAUGGAAACCUUGCGUUGUCUCGUGCUUUGGGAGAUUUUGAGUUCAAGAAAAACUAUGCACUCGGUCCUCAAAAACAAAUUAUUACAGCUGAUCCUGAUGUCACCGUUCACGAUAUCACAGACGAAGACGAGUUUCUGGUCCUGGCCUGUGAUGGUAUCUGGGACUGUCUAUCUUCACAAGCCGUCGUUGACUUUGUUCGGCUAAAAGUCUCAGAGGGCUUGGAACUCAGGGAGAUCGGAGAGAUGAUGUGCGAGCAUUGUCUUGCUCCGGAUACCUCGUCUGGGUCAGGUAUCGGGUGCGAUAACAUGACUGUCCUCAUUGUGGCUCUCCUUCACGGAAGGACGAAGCAAGAAUGGUACGACUGGGUCAAAGAUCGUGUCAAGAACAACUAUGGUUAUUCAACACCUGACUCUAUCCCACAAAUCUAUUCAUCAGACCGACUGUCAACAUACAGAGCGCGGAGAGAGGCGCAGCAAGAGAGGGACAAGCUGAGAAGGGAACGAGGCGAGGACAGCUCGUCAGGCAGUUUGUUUGGUGGAAACAGUCCAUUUGCUCGUGUUUUGGGAAGCACUGGUGGCAUCUCUUUCCACCCGGGAUCAGGGAUCCUCAGCGAUGCUGGUCGCCUCAUGUUCGCCAAUAACGAUGAAGAGGACGACAGUGGUGAUGACAUGGACACGUCCUAUAGCGGACGCUCAUUCUUCAGUGACACGUUUGGGCUUCCCCGUGCACAGCCACCGGACGCUGGAGCUGGUCUGCGAGCACGUCUUGCCUCUUUUGAGGUUGACGAUGACUUUGAGGAUGAAGACGCUGAUGGGCGCUUCGACGGUGUUGCUCGGAUUGAAGAGGUCCAGGAAGACGACGAAGGGGCUAGUCCAUUUGAUGAUGUAAAUGACGGUAUCCCGAAAUCCCCCAGUCCAUCACCUAGUCCACCAAAUCCUAAACUCAACGGAGACGUCACUCCCGUCCAGCAUUUCAAGGUGCCUAUCCGAGGUGACGGUCCGAUGAACGUUGACGGCUUGAUGCCCUCCAGUGAAGACCCUUUGAAGGCAUAGUUGUAUUUCUCAAUAUGUUUUAAUUCUCCUUUCACCUGUCAUUGGUUGUGUUGUGUGUUACCUUGUGCUUGGUCUAUUACUAUCUUUUCUUACCGUC